AUGUGUAAUGAUGAAAUAAAGCAAAAGUCUGAAGAAUGUGGUUCCUCUAUAGAUGCCAGGUUUGGAGACAUCGAUGAGAGAUUGCCAGUACAUCAUAAGCGUAGAAAUCUUACACCUUCAUUGCCAUUGUCUUCUGAGCUCUCCAUGCCAGGCAGAUUUCAGCCUGGACCAUCACAAUGGAAUGAUGCUGGACGUCCUCACAUGAGGUCUGGUCAUUGGGACUAUGCCUCUAAUCCAUGGAUAGGCAGUGCACAUAGUGCAAACUCAGCACCCUUAACUCAAGGUUACCUUGGCACUCGUGUUCGUAUGCUUAAUCCAGGCCCAAGUCAAGGACACGGCAUCCCCUUUCACCAAACUUCAGGGCCAGAAUUUCAACCAGUUGACAGUUUUGGUGGAGUUAAACGGAAGAGACCACAGUUUCAGAGUCGUACACCUUUUGAAGGUGAUAUAGGGAGGCUCGAGUCACCUUUUAAUGGCCGUUCGGAUAAGAGAUUUCGGAGACCUGCUCCGUCUUUGCUGCAGCAGCAGCAGCAGGCACAUGGAAAUGAUGAACUUCCACCAGCAGAUCCUAUGAUUCUCAAGCUCAUAGCACAGGAUAGAAUGAGGACUAUUAAUAUAGGUGGUGUGCCUAGGGAAAUACGUUUCUACGGUGACACCGCUGUAGUGAUGCUAGCGUGGGAUGAUCCACGAGAAAUUGGUUUCCAGGGAGGUGCACGAACAGUCACAUUUGAUGAGAGAGAGUCUAUACUCUGUUCUUUGAAUGAUACAUACAGAGAGUUUAUCAUUGAUGGAAGUAUGCACAGGAUACGACUUGGUGCACCAACUCGUGAACUCUAUGUUGAUGGCAAGUGGUAUGAAUGUUUCUUUGGUGGUCCUCCAGUUACGAUUGAAAUUGAUGGGAAGAUGCAUGUUGUCAGGUUGGAGGGUCCACCUCCUCAAGUUAAAAUUGGCCUGUUGAAGCGGACAGAUCUGGUUGCUGGCAAGAUCAAUUUAAUCAUUGAUGCCCAAACUAUGGUACCAGUGUUCUUGGAUGCCAAACCACAAAGAUUUGACAUUGAGAAUGAACCCCACGUACUUCAUUUUGUCGAAGCUUUGUCGACUGUGUUAAUUAAUGGACAGCCUAUCGAAGUUGAAUUUGGUGGACUUCCAAAACCCAUUAUUGUUCAUGGCAAGAAGCACUUUAUAUGUUUCACCGUGUUACCGCGUGGUAUCAGGCCUGGAUAUGUCAGCAUUGUUAAUAUGGAAGGUGGUCACUUGCCAUCACAUCCUCGGCCGAAGACUGAAAACAGUAAAACGUUAACCUUUGGUAGAGAAGAUUCUCUUGAUGCAUCCAGCAGAUUCUCACAAGGAUAUGAGCCUGUAUUACCUGUUGUGGGAGCUACUGGCAGUUUAGGCAGACGAGGUCUGAGAAAACAGUUUGGUGCAAACAGGGGCCGAGAUUUACCUCAUGAGACUAAACAUGCAACAAACUCAGCAGGACACUUCCAUAGAGAUAAUGCAGUGAAAGGACCUGUUCCUAUUCAACAACAAAAACAUAGACCACGUGUUCCAGAGGCACAGUUACAUGGUGCUGGGCUAAGCAACAUCCCAUUCCCUCCUGCUGAAAUUAAUGCAACUGAGCUAUUUCAGAGGCUGGUGGCAGCGGGAAUUAUUCCACAGGCCGCAAAAUCUGAUGCAGAUAGUAAAAAGGAGGAAGAAGCAAAGUCUAUAAAGACCGUUGACUUCGGGCAGCCUGAAACAUUGAAAUUACGUCGUCCCGGUGCAGUGGCUGUCCUGUACUCUGGUAUUCAGUGUAGUUCCUGUGGGAUACGUUUCCCUCCGGAACAGAUUAUGAAGUACCGCCAACAUUUAGAUUGGCAUUUCCGGCAAAACAGGCGUAACAAGGACAAUACUCGCAAAGCUCGGAGUAGAGAGUGGUAUUAUCAUGCCUCAGAUUGGAUCCGGUUUGAAGAAAUUGAAGACACUGAGGAAAGAGCAAAAAGCUGGUUUGAAACCCAGCAGGCUGCGGAAGGUGAAGAAAAAGAGAUACAAGAAGUUCCCAGUGUUUGCGCUGGAGAAAAUCCUGAGGACGCAUUUUGUGCUGUAUGCCAUGAUAAAUUUGAACAAUUUUUUCACGACGACGAAGAAGAGUGGCACUUACGUUCAGCAUUGAGGGUAGAUGGAAAAACAUAUCACCCUCUUUGCUAUGAUGAUUACAAGCGUUCGCUUGAGAGGUCACUAGAAGAACAGUAUGCCACAGAAGAUACUGAAGAUGAAAAUAAUACAGGCAAUGAGAUGGACAACAAAGAAGAGGGUGAAGUAAAAAUGAUGGAUAACUCAGUUCCACAUGAGAACAAAGAGGAAUCAAUGAAUGGUCAGGAAUUUAAAACCGAAGAAGGAAAUGCUGAUGAAAAGGUGGGUGACAUUGAAGACCUGCAGCAGCAGCAGCAGCAGGUGGGGAAGACGGGGUCUUGUAGGAACCUCCUCCACCUAGUGUUGAACCUAUGCAACUGAAACCUAGAUUGGUGGGAAGAAACCUCACAGUACUGCCACCAGUGGUGAAGGGAUCUGAACUGUCUGGAUUGUGAUCUGUGCUGUACAAAUAUAUGUUGAAACAGAAUGCUCGGAAAUGACAUUGAAGAUGACUUGUGAUGUAAUUUUUGCAUUUAAAAAUAUGCUGUGAUUUUUUAUUUAGUUAACUAUAAAGGUUUAAUUUUACCAUGGAU